CUGCAGGAGAUUAAGCAGCUGCUGGGCCCAGAGGAGGCGGCCGAGGCCGAGGCGGAGGCGGCGGCGGCGCUGCGGGCUGGGCGCCUGGCCGCGCUCGAGUACGAGCUGGGCGUGAACCACACGGAGACUGAGGAGCUGUCGGCGGGCGAGGAGCACCUGCUCAAGUGCACGCGGCUGCUGGAGCCGCGCCGCCUCUCGCGGGCCUGCGUCUCUCUCUACAUCCAGGCGCAGAACAAUCUUGGUAUCCUGUGGUCUGAAAGGGAUGAAAUUAAAACAGCACAGACUUACUUGGAAUCUGCAGAAGCCUUGUAUAAUCAGUACAUGAAAGAGAAUGGGAAUCCUCCCCUUGAUCCCAGUGAACACUUCAUGGCAGAAGAAGAAAAACUGACAGAUCAAGAGAGAUCAAAAAAAUUUGAAAAGGCCUAUACCCAUACGCUCUAUUAUCUGGCCCAAGUCUACCAACAUCUGGAAAUGAUUGAGAAGGCUGCUCAAUAUUGCCAUACCACCCUUAAACGACAGCUUGAGUACAGUGGCUACUACCCAGUAGAAUGGGCUCUCAAUGCUGCUACCUUGUCACAAUAUUAUCUCACUAAGCAAUGCUUUAUGGAGUCUCGACAUUGUUUAGCAGCUGCCAGCGUCAUCUUUAGCCAAGCUGGGCAGGCUCCAUCUGCAGAGGACAAUGAAGCUGAACAAGACCACCAGGAUCUUCAGCAGCGGAAAGCUGAAAUUGCAAGGUGUUGGAUUAAGUAUUGUUUAAAUCUUCUGCAAAGUGCUCGCAAAUUGCUUGAGGACAACAUAGGAGAGCUGGAUCCAGACAGGCAAUCAGAACUUAAAGCCCAAAGAAAGAAGGAAGAGGAUGAAAAAGAAAAGAGAAGGAAGAAAGCUGUUUUAUUUGGAACCAGCGAUCUGUGUGACUCUGUGUUAGCCAUGGAAGAGAAAGUGAGCUGUGUAUGUCCUUUAGAUUUUAAAGAAGCCAGAGAAAUCUUUCUUGUGGGUCAGAAUUAUGUUCAGGAAGCAAAGGAAUUCUUUCAGGUUGAUGGUUAUGUUACUGACCACAUUGAAAUUGUUCAGGACCACAGUGCUUUGUUUAAGGUACUUGCUUUCUUUGAGGAAGAUUAUGAAAGGCGCUGCAAGAUGCACAAGCGUAGAAUAGAUAUGCUGGAGCCCAUAUAUGCAGACUUGAAUCCACAGUAUUACUUGCUGAUUAGUAGGCAACUUCAGUUUGAACUGGCAGACACCUACUAUGAGAUGAUGGAUUUGAAGGUAGCUAUUGGUAACCGUCUAGAGGAGCUUGACUCUCACACAGUAAAAAAAAUUAAUUCUCUGGCUCAGUUAGCAGUCAAGUACUAUGAACUCUUUUUGGAUUCUUUGAGAAAUCCAGAUAAAAUAUUUCCAGAAAAAUUGGAGGACGAUGUUCUUCGCCCUGCAAUGGUGGCCAAAUUUCACAUUGCACGACUCUAUGGCAAGCUUAUUACUUCUGAUGGCAAGAAACAAUUGGAAAAUAUGCAGACAUCAUUGGAAUAUUACACAUUUCUGGUAGAUUACUGUGAGAAGUAUCCAGAUGCUGUUCAUGCCAUAGAAACUGAACUAGAACUCAGUAAAGAGAUGGUUGGUCUUCUUCCAACAAGAAUGGAGAGACUAAGAGCCAAACUAUGUCCAUUCACUUAAGUUCUUGUCUUCACUGAAUGGAAAUGUGCAGUGUUAAAAUGGUAUCUGUAAGAAGUGCCAUUGGACAUUUUGCAUCCUAGGUGUUGCUCUUAGAAAUCAGUUCUCUGCAGUUAUGAGCUCUAGCUGUGGCAGGCAGCGAUAGAAACUUUUGUAAAACUGAGAACUGUUCAGUUAAGUAGCUGUCCUACACUAAUGGUAUAAAGUCUCUAAAUGUAAAGUAAAUGUCCAGCUGGUGCUUUGUUUUGCUUGCUCUAUGGAAAUAUAAAUCCUUCCUGUCUGUCUUCCUCCAGAAUUUGGUUCCAUUUCUAAAUGCAAUGCUGUGCUUCAGAUGUUCUUUUAAGGAAACCUACUGGGUAGCUUGUUCUAUCCAAGAGAACUUUUCUAAGAACUGUAAAACACAUUCUGCCAACAACAGAUGAUGUUAGAGUUUUUUCCUAAUCUUUGUCCCUAAGAAACACAUUUCCCUUGACAUGGUUAUUUUACGUUGUCUUAUAUUUAUUUUGUAUAUUAUAAUGAAUUAUUUUGUCUCAAAGUACCUGUUAUAGAGGCUUAAUAAAUGGACCUGCUUGACUAAAA